ACGUUUAUCUUAUUUGAGAUUACUUGUCCACAUCCUGUGGUAUCUAUGUUUACAGUUGUUCAUGUGUUAAUAUUGCCCACAUGACUGGGUUGUGUAAAACAUGAUUGGGCUGUACAUUCUUUUUUGGAGACUCAACCCUUCCCAAACAUUUUAGAAUUGUUUAUUUUUUAAGAAUAGCUGAAGUUCAGUGCAUUGAACUCAGAGGGACGCUGUUGGUCAGUCAGUGUGUUGCAGUUUUAGAACAGAUUGGCAGCAGUACCUCCCCGUCAUCUCGAUAUUUUACAGAGCGAAAGAGCCGCACGCAGAGAGCGCGCAGUCCGUGUUAUAGAGAACACAAGCUGCGAUUCUUUUGUUCCAGCGAUAAGGAUUAUUGGAAGACAUUAUUGUUAUUUUCUGGAUUUCUAUUUAACAGAAUAUUUAAAAUUGCUUAACGGAUUGAAUGGUGGUUGUGGUUUAAUGGUGAAGGGAAAAUGUCGGACAGAACAAUGACACGGCAAGUACUGUUGUUUAUCUCGUUCCUCUCUCUCAGUUCAGUGAACGGGCAGGUCAGUUACUCCAUUCCAGAGGAAAUGGCGAAAGGCUCUUUAGUCGGUAACAUCGCGCAGGAUUUGGGGUUGGAUAUAAAACGACUAAAAUCAGGUAAUGCUCGUAUUCACGUUGGAAACAGUGCAGAAUGUAUUGAGUUGAAUAAAGAAAGGGGAGUUAUCCUUAUCAAAGAGAGAAUAGACCGUGAGGUGAUGUGCAGACAGACGACGCCUUGCGCACUACAUUUUCAGAUUAUUAUGGAGAACCCAAUAGAAUUUUAUCAAGUCACAAUUGAGAUUACCGAUAUCAAUGAUAAUGCUCCUGUUUUCAAAAAAGAUGCAAUGAAAUUCGAAAUUAGUGAAUCAGCUGUGAUCGGUGCUAAAUUUGUAUUGGAAAGAGCUUUUGAUUCAGAUAUAGGAGCGAAUGGACUACAAAGCUACUCCCUUAAUCCAACCGAACAUUUUAUUUUAAAAUUACAAGGUCAGGCUGAUGGAAGUAAAAAGGUAGAGAUGGUUUUGCAGAAGCCUUUAGAUCGAGAGAAACAGGAGCAGAUAUCUUUAGUGUUAACCGCCCUCGAUGGAGGUGAGCCUAAGAUGUCUGGAACAGUGCAGAUACACGUCACUGUGCUGGAUGUAAAUGACAAUGCUCCGGUUUUUACGCAGGCAAUAUAUAAGGCCAGUUUUGUGGAAAAUUCACAGAGGGGUACAUUAUUAACUACAGUUCGUGCAACUGAUAUAGACAACGGAUCAAACGGUUUAGUCACUUACUCAAUAUCAAGUAGUAUCGAUGGUAUUUUGGAUCUAUUUGAAAUAGAUGAAAGCAAUGGCGAGGUGCGUUUGAUAGGCAAGGUCGACUAUGAAACAGCUAAACAUUACCAGAUUGACAUAGAAGCAAAGGAUCAAGGCGGUCUUUCAGAUUCCAGUAAAUUAGUAGUGGACAUUGCAGACGUUAACGACAACAACCCUUUGAUUGACAUGAUGUCAACUUCUAAAUCAAUACCAGAAAAUUCCCCUUCCCAGACUAUUAUCGCUGUAAUGAGUGUCCACGACCCAGACUCUGAUAAUAACGGAGUCGUGAAUUGUGUUUUAAGCGAAAACAUUCCUUUCACCAUUAAAUCUACAUCGAACGGCUUCUAUAGCCUAGUAACAGACAGUGAUUUGGACCGAGAGAGAGCCUCUGAGUAUAACAUCAGUGUGACGUGCUCUGAUGAGGGCGUGCCCUCGCUCUCCAGCAGCGUCACUCUCACCUUACAGAUAUCAGAUGUGAAUGACAACGCGCCUGUCUUUGAGAGGAGCUCAUAUGAGGCCUACAUUAUAGAAAACAACACACCGGGCCUCUCUAUAUUCACAGUGAAAGCCAGAGACGCUGACUGGAACCAGAAUGCCCGUGUUUCUUACAUACUGGAGGACUCCUCGGUUAACGGAGUGCCUGUCUCCUCAUAUGUGUCCGUUAGUGCUGAUAGUGGAGUCAUCCAUGCAGUGCGCUCUUUUGACUACGAGCAGAUCAAGGAUUUCCAGUUCCGCGUAAAAGCGCUGGAUGGAGGCUCCCCUUCUCUCAGUAGCAAUGCGACUGUGAAAAUAAUGAUCCAAGAUCAGAAUGACAAUGUGCCUCAGGUUCUGUACCCAGUCCAGACUACCAGCUCUCUGGUAGCUGAAAUGGUACCUCGUUCAGCAGAUGUUGGCUAUCUUGUGACUAAAGUGGUGGCUGUUGAUGUGGACUCCGGACAGAACGCUUGGCUCUUGUAUAAACUGCAGAAAGCGACAGACAGGGCGCUGUUUGAAGUGGGCUUACAGAAUGGAGAAAUAAGAACUAUACGCCAAGUCAAUGAUAAAGAUGCUGUGAAACAAAGGCUCACUGUCGUAGUGGAGGACAACGGGCAGCCCUCUCGUUCAGCCACAGUCAAUGUUAACGUGGCGGUGGCGGACAGCUUCCCUGAAGUGCUCUCGGAGUUCACUGACUUUACGCACGACAAGGAGUACAAUGACAACCUGACUUUUUACUUAGUCUUGGCUUUGGCUGUAGUCUCAUUUCUGUUCAUCACGUGUUUAGUGGUUAUUAUAUCAGUGAAAAUAUACAGAUGGAGACAGUCUCGCAUCCUCUAUCAUUCCAAUCUCCCGGUUAUUCCGUAUUAUCCACCGCGUUACGCAGAUACUUUGGGGACAGGAACUCUACAGCACGUGUACAAUUACGAGGUGUGCAGGACGACUGACUCCAGAAAGAGUGACUGUCAGUUCGCCAGACCCUGCAGUCAGAACGUACUGAUAAUGGACCCCAGUUCUACAGGGACGAUGCAGCGGAUGCAGAACGAACAGAACAUCCUGGAUGAACCAGACUCGCAAUUGGAGCAAAAGCCUCCAAACGCUGACUGGCGCUUCACACAAGGACAGAGACCUGGACCCAGUGGGGCUGGAGGUCCCCCUGAGAUGGCCAUGGGAACAGGACCCUGGCCCAACCCCCCCACCGAGGCCGAGCAGCUCCAAGCCCUGAUGGCCGCAGCCAACGAAGUGAGCGAGGCGACCGCAACCCUGGGGCCGGGCACCAUGGGACUAAGCACCCGUUACAGCCCCCAGUUCACCCUGCAGCACGUGCCCGACUACCGUCAGAACGUCUACAUCCCUGGCAGCACCGCCACCUUGACCUCCAACCCCCAGCAGCAGCAGCAGCAGCAGCAGCAGCAGAUGGCAGCCCAACAUCAGGCCCUGCAGGCCCAGCCCUCUGAGGCCGCCCCUCAGCCUGAACCCCCCAAGGCUGCCCAGACCCCCGCCUCCAAGAAGAAGUCCACCAAGAAGGAGAAGAAGUAGGAUGGGUGGAGGAUGGAUAGAUAUGGAAAAUACGAUGAGAAAAGAGAAAACCGACCCGAUGAGGACUGAAAUCCCCCCCCUCCCCACCCCCUACGUCUCCUCUCAAUGCGUUUACUCUAACCAGGGUCUGGAUUCUAUUGGUCAAGCUCAUAUGAUAACACAAAAUAUAGAGAUGUUUGCGAAUGUUUGUCUUUGGGCUCUUGAAUCUGGAAGGCAUUGAAGGUUUAAGAGCGAAAAGCGUUGACAUUUUGUUUUUGUUUUCUUUCUGAAAGCUAUCUAGAAACAGUUGUUUUUGUUUUCUUGCUGAAAGCUAUCUAGAAACAGUUGUUUUUGUUUUCUUGCUGAAAGCUAUCUAGAAACAGUUGUUUUUGUUUUCUUGCUGAAAGCUAUCUAGAAACAGUUGUUUUUGUUUUCUUGCUGAAAGCUAUCUAGAAACAGUUGUUUUUGUUUUCUUGCUGAAAGCUAUCUAGAAACAGUUGUUUUUGUUUUCUUGCUGAAAGCUAUCUAGAAACAGUUGUUUUUUUUGGAAAGUCUAUGUUCUAAAAAAACAAAACAAGUAUUAUCAGUAUUUGCAGAUACGGAAGACUGGGGGUUCAGGGGGGAUUGUGUUUUGGUUGAAUCAAUACAUUUGGAUGCACUUCAGACACAACAGAUUGAGUGUAAACAACUUUGCUCAGAUAACAAGGAUUUGCCCAGUGAUGUAUUCACAGGUGGAUAUUUUAACGAUGUUCCAUAAAAUGUUUCAUGUUGGAUUAUAAUUAUAAUUCCUUAUUUUCCUGAGACUGAAAGUAGAUCCUUGUUUGAGUAUAGUAGAUUGCCAUGAUAAGAUUCCUAUAUAGGAUCAGCCUUAUAGGAUCCUACACCACAGCUCUUUAGGACACGGGGAAUGGGCAUUCCAUUGUACUGGUACAGUAGUAUUCCGAUCUGCAUGUCCCUAUGUGUUCAAACCACAGACCUUCCAGAAGAUUCAACUAUGCAUUGAAUUAGUGUUGCAAUGAGGACGACCACCUUAAAAAAAUACAGGUCGACAAAUGCCCUCGUAGCAUUUACCUGAUGUGGUAUCUAAAAACUAUAAAUAUUAUUUUGUAAGCGUAGUUAAAUGGUAAGAUUUGAAUCUUUCACUGUUUUUAUGACCUGAGCAUGAACCCUAUUAGAAAAGUAGCACCGAGGAGGAGGGGCAUGUUAUAGUACUAUCAGCCCUAUUUUCUGGCUUGUUGGCAUAGUAGGCGCUGCUCCCCUUUUAAAACUACCCAGAUGGGUAUAGAGACCCUCCUGCUGUCCACCCAUGCACCUCUAUCCCCUCCUCAACCAGAUGAUGUGCCCUCCCCUCACUGGAUGUCCCACUUUGAGAGCCAGACCAUAGAGAUGCACUGUUCAUACUAUAAAGAUAAAGAUGAGACGUAGGGUAAAAAUAACUUCAAAGUAGAGAUCUUUUCACGGCGUGCUUAGGAGUUAGACACUUCUUAGGCCGCUAGAGUCUAGAUUGAGUGUUCAUCCCUUGCUACCUACCCUGAAGUGCCGAUGACUAUAUUUCUUGAUGUGGGAAGUGUUUUUUGAUGACUCAGCAGUAUAAGAUAAGUAUGAAGUCUUUUCUUUGCCGCCAGUCCAUCCGUCUGUCCGGCAACUAGCUGGACACCACUGCAUGAAGAGGCAGCUUGCAGGCUGGGUUCAAGGGGGAGUGGAGAGCGGUGGGCUGAGUGGUACGACGUCUGGGUUUGUACAAUUAGAUUGACGGGGAGGGGAGGCAAUGACCUUGGCUCUACUCACUGAAUGUACACAGGCCCCACUGUUGACCCUCCCUCCUAGUCCACCCCGAAACGUCCUCUAACGCACUGACCCAGGUUAGAGGUCAACAGAGCCAAGCACAUCCCUCCAUGUCACAGAGGAGAUACCACUUCAGAAGCAGGGAGGAGGGACAGAGUUAGCUCUUCGCUGUAUCUAUCCCCUCAGUAUAAAUGCAUUCGGGCAACGCUAACCUCAGACUCUCCCCUUGCUUCCAUCCCUCCACCCCCUGGUCCUGUGAAGGCUCUCCCCUUGCUUCCAUCCCUCCACCCCCUGGUCCUGUGAAGGCUCUCCCCUUGCUUCCAUCCCUCCACCCCCUGGUCCUGUGAAGGCUCUCCCCUUGCUUCCAUCCCUCCACCCCCUGGUCCUGUGAAGGCUCUCCCCUUGCUUCCAUCCCUCCACCCCCUGGUCCUGUGAGGGCUCUUCCCCUCUGUAAAUAAACACUAGUCCUGUCGAUGGUAUGAGCCAAUUGUUUGUAUAGUACGGACCACAUCCAGAAUUUUCAAACUAAAAGUCCUCUCUCCUCAAGGCGUGGCUUACUGGAAUGUGUUGUAUUUUGUUUUUCAAGAAAAAUAAGAAAACCACAACGGGGGAAGAAAAAAAAAACGAUCUCUGAAAUGUUCUUCAACAGUUUGUGUUGCAAUGUAGUAACUAAGCACCAUGAAGGCCAACUAACUAACUCUUCAGUGUAAAUAUAAAGAAAGUUGCUAAUAACUUUAGACGAUAAGUAAACAGAGUGACACACACGUAGACUAGUUAACUUGUGAUAUGUGUUGCGCAUAUUAUUGUGUUCAUUUUCUCUCUCUAUUUUACUACCCUGUAAAAGAAACUAAACAAAAAAAAUUAUAUUGAAAAAAAUGUUUCUAUCCUUCUGUAACUUUUUUGUCUGUGUUUUAUCUUGUGCAUUUGCGCAAGAAUGCCUCUCUGUCCAUAUGAGCAAAAAUUAUUAUAAAUAUUAUGUGUGUGUGUACGUCCGUCCGCUGCUGAAUUAAUCCUCUCUCGUGCGGUAAUAUCUUUCUUAUGAAAUGUUUAGACCUCCUACGCUCCUCCCGGUGUUUAGUCUCUUCAUUUUUAUGCUAAUAUUUAUAUUGCCGUUUUAUUUUCUCUUGAACACUGACAUUUCAAAUAAAAGGCUCUGAAAUCA